GACGACAGCUUCCCGAAUGGUAGUACCAUUGCAACCGCUGUGAUGCCCACGCACAACCAAACUGAUACACGUACUUGAACGUUUAUGCUCAUUAGUUCUCACUUCUGCUGUUUAUCUUGCCUUCGCUUGCACAGUCCAAUCCGUCGCGGUGACGUUCGCCAAUUAGUUCUCAUCAUCCUUGGAAAUUAUACAAGAUGAGCAAAUCGCUUACAGAGCUAGAUCUAACUAACGCACACUUGCCGGACUUGACGUCGGUGGAAAUCGAGCCGACAUUGACGGCAAUUGACCUAACAGCGAAUCGCCUCCAGACCCUUGACCCGCGCAUCCUUGAGCUUCAAGGGCUGCGCACGAUCAACUUCCGUCAAAACCUCCUAGCAAACGUCUCAGCAUGGAGCACAUGCAAGUGCAAAGGAGCUCUGGAGGACUUGGAGUUCCGGGAUAACCACCUGUCGACGAUCCCCAACCUUGAGGGCUUCACGGUGCUGCGGCGACUGGACUGCUCGUACAACCAGAUCCGCAACCUGCUGCCGCUGGCCUCCCUGCCCGCCGCCUCCCUGGAGGAGCUCUACGUCGCCUCCAACAAGGUAACCGCCAUCGCCGCGCUGUCGCACCUCACCGCCCUCACGCUGCUGGAGCUGGGCUCCAACCGCAUCCGCACCGUGGAGGGGCUGGAGCAGCUGACAGGUCUGCGGGAGUUGUGGUUGGGUCGCAACCGCAUCACCCAGAUCGGCGGCCUGGCCACACUGACCAACCUGCGCAGGAUAUCGCUGCAGAGCAACCGCCUCACCUCCAUGUCAGGCCUAGAAGCCUGCACCGCCCUGGAGGAGCUCUACCUGAGCCACAACGGCAUCUCCCUUCUCGAGGGCCUUGCACCGCUGACACGACUCAAAAUCCUGGAUGUCUCGUCCAACCGACUCAACGGUCUGGAUCCCAACGACCUGGCCACGCUGACUCAGCUGGAGGACCUCUGGCUCAACGACAACCGGAUCAAGGCGAUUGAUGCGGCGCUGGACAAGGCAUUGGGUCCAGUACGACAAACCCUGACGUGCAUCUACCUUGAGGGGAACCCGGCGGCCCAGGAUCCGCAGUACAAGCGCAAGCUGCUCAACAUGCUGCCCAAGCUCAAGCAGCUGGACGCCAACUUCUUGUAGUGAUGAGGGGAGGAGCGACCCAUGGGACUGCAGCACUGUACCCGCCACUGCACGGGGCUGCGCUUCCUUGGUCUUCCUGUAAGCCUCCUUUAAGGAAAGGGGCCUUCCUCGCUGGACUCAUCCCUCGGCCCUCGCUCAACGUCCCCUCAGCGCAUAAACCCAACUCCUAAACUUGGUAUCAUAGCGCCUACCGGGCUCUGGGCGCUGCGCUGUGCUUUUCCUUAUGUACCGUAUCACUGAUGAGGCGGUCAGGCGGCUAUGCUGGCGGCGCAUGGCAGCAGCAGUGGCGGCAGUAUCGGUAGCAGCCGUGGCUACAUAGCGGUGUCUGGGCUUGCGAUCUCUCAGCUAGCAUGGAUGGCGAAAUGCAGCGGUUACGUUGAUGGUGACGAUGGUGGUGAUAGCUGGUGUUUUGGCUGUACGGAGGCGCAUGAGGGUGCUGGCAUUGGGGGUUGGCGUGAAGGCUGUGUUGCAGGCAUGCCCGUGUUGGGAGUUUAUUACCGUUUUGGGAAUGGCGGUGCAGAUGGAAUUGCAUGCGAGUUGACUCCUGGACUCCUAGAGGCCCCUGGAUUGUUGGUGAAGAUUGCCACAGUUGUCUUGUUGCGAGCACGCCUGAGGAGGGAAAGGGGGCAAACAUGGGAGGAGGGGAUUGGUCUGACUGGUGAAGUAGUGUUAGUAAGAGGUUCUGGGUGGCGUCUUGGGCCCCUGGGAGCUCCAUUUCAUUUUUUAAUGACCCAAGACGCCCCUUACAAGCAAAAGGGAAAGCAUGGACGGCUUGCUGGCACCGCCUUUGUUGUUUUUGUGCCAAGGAUAAUAAUCACGUUGGCUGACUGAUUGACUGCUGCUUGCAGAGCACAGCUAGGGACGUUCCUGCUCCUGCUCUCUGCAGCUAGGGCUGUGGGUGUUAUGGGUUUGCUUAGGGGUCGUUCGGCCAUUGUCCUGUCCUUCACAACAUCCAGAAUGCCUGGAAAAUGGCACUGACAGCUUACGACAGGUUUGGCAUUCGGCUUUGGUAUAAAACUGUCUCAAGGGGCUGCUUUUGUGUGCCAGCUGCCCUAUACGGGGUUUAACAUCCCUCUGUCUGAACAUCAUUCAUGCCUAAGCACAGUCCUGGUGGCUGGGUGGGAUGCCAUCCAAAAGGUAUUGGUUGUGUGGCAGCGGGAGUAGGAAUACAGGAGGAAAGGAAUUUCGGAGGCUUGUUCCAUACUAGGGUGCUGCAUAAGUUGGGUGUGAAAGGCAGUCGGCCUCCGUAUUGUCCAGGCCGUUAGGCAUUAUUGUUACUGUCUAACGCGAUUAGGUUACAUACAGUCCCUGGUUGGUGGGUAUCUUCAGGACUGGUGCUGCUGAACCGGCGUGCCUUUCAGCCGCAGGCGCAAUGGUUGUUUGCUAAACAGUGGAUACGACCCAUGGAGUCUUUGACCUAGUGCUAGUUAGUGGCAAGUGAGGACGACGGUGACGAUGACCCCCUUGCCCCAACAAUGGUUACAGG